AUGGUAAGAAGAGUAAAAACGGAACUACAAAAAAUUCAUCCUUUUCUUGUAACCUCAAACUCAAGCGUUGUUUGUAUCAAUUCAAUGGCGGAAACGAAACCCAAACCAAAAGGUUCGCUUUCAGAAAAUGGUGUGAAAGCUCCAAACAUUCUUGAGCGAGCUAAGGAAGAAUUUGAAGCAGUUUUCAAAUCUCCUCGCCACCAUAAAGAAACACAUGGGAGAAACGAUGAUAUUGAUGAACGAACUUCUGUUGAAGAAGUGAAAGCUCCGAGUGUGUUUGGAAGGAUGAAGGAGGAGAUUGAAGCUGUAGUUGAAGCCAUUCAUCCCAAGAAAGAAUCUGACACUAAUAACUCUCCAUCAAAGUGA